CUCGCAGGCAGCGCUUUUGGCUGGUUUCCGAGUUUGUUCUACCGGCACUCGGCGUAGCCGCCUUCAAAACUGCCUUCCUGCGCCGGGGCCCUGCAGGCUGAGGAAGCGGCGGGGAGAGUCGGGUCGGGUCGGGUCCUUCCUUGGAGCGCGUCGCGGCCGGCCGGGUGCCUGCGGGGAAGCGGCGCGGCGUGUGCGGAGAGCCCGGCGCCAUGUAUUAUAAGUUCAGCGGCUUCAGCCAGAAGCUGGUCGGGGCGGUGGCGUCCGCCGCCUACGUGCCCCAGGGACUCAAGCCACUGGCAUCCACAGAAUCACCAACUCUGAUUUUUGGAACACCAACUAAACUUGCCUCCGAUUCGCCAGCAGGUGUUUCUUAUUUGGGUAAGAACAAGGUGCCGGACCUCCAGAAGCUAUUUCAGGCUGAUGGAUUGCCAGUACAUCUGAAACGAGGAGUUCCUGAUCAGCUGCUAUAUCGGACCACUAUGGCUCUAACAAUAGGAGGGACCAUCUACUGUUUGGUAGCUCUCUACAUGGCCUCACAACCAAAAUCCAAGAAGUGAAUGAACCAUAACUAAUGGGACUUAUUCAGCAUUUCUCUGAAGGAACAGUAGGGUAUUACCCCUUUGUGUUUACUACUUAAUCCUGUGAUUGUAUGUUGUGAAUUCUUCAAAUAAAGACAUUAAAGAAAAUGUUUUGAAAAUGGCUACCUUCUAAUGCAUUGGAAAGCGAGAUAAAUAUCAAAGUUAAUAUUUAAGAGUGAAAGUCAAUGUGUUUUUGCUUGUCACGUCUCCAGUCGUCUUUCCCACCCCAAUGUAAACCAGACAAACAAUUGUCUUACAACAGCCUCUGAGCACUUUAGGGUGGUAAAACUUGCCACCUGCCUUUCAACAAUGUUAAAUUGGAAAUGAAAACUUAAUUGUGUCAAGCUCUGCCUUAACAUCCACAUUCUCUCAAGGGUAAGAAAAAGGGGGGUGGGGGGGUAUUGUAGGGUACUGAGGGUUUACAGAAGCAGUAAGUGAUUUGUGUAAUUUACUAUUUGAUGACAAGUCUAUUUUUCUUUUCAUACAUGUUCACUAAGAAUUCACAUUAGCAGGUGCAGCACAGAGAUUCGUCCAAAUGCUGAUAUAGCAUUAAUGAUGGAAACAUGGUUACUUAAAUUUGUACUUUCAGUGAGUAAUAUGACAGGGUUAUGGUGUCCAAAUCUAAUACCAUCUAUGAACACAGCUGCUGGUAGCAACGUUGAAUUUAGGCAGACUUCUGUAUUGUAACACCAACUAUACUAGUUUUUGUCCUUUUCCUUUUGUCAAAUUAUAUUUUUUAAUUGAAGUACUGUUUUUAUUUUUACUGUGGAAUAAAUACACCAAUACAAACAUU